AUGGCUCUGUCCGAUGUGGACAUUCCAACGCACUGUAAAGCGGGCGUGGUCGUCAACGAAGGCCCCAACUUUGAAGUGAAAGUAGAGAUGGUCCCUGUUCCGAGACCCGGCCCCAAUGACAUCUUGAUCCGGCUGAAUAUGACGGGCCUCUGCGCCUCUGAUAUCCAUUAUAUGCAGGCAGACCUGGGUACACCCCCUAUGUCUGCGUGGGGCGUCCGCUCGCCGGGCCACGAGGGCGCUGGUGUGGUAGUCAAGGUAGGCGACAACGUGACAAACUUCAAGGUUGGCGAUCGGGCUGGGAUCAAGCCUGUACUGGACACGUGCAGUAACUGCGAGCUCUGCUGGAGUGACAAGGAGACGUAUUGCGCGGGGAAAAUCCUGACGGGACUCAUGGCGCCUGGAACCUAUCAACAAUAUAUCGUCUCCCCAGCGCGAUACGCCUCGCCCAUUCCCGACUCGAUCCCCGACAUGAUUGCGGCCCCGAUUAUGUGUAGCGCAUCGACGAUGUACCGAUCGCUGAAGGAGAGCGGAUUGAAACCGGGCAAUUGGGCGGUCUUCCCCGGUGGUGGAGGCGGCGUAGGUAUCCAAGGGGUCCAACUAGCCAAGGCGAUGGGCAUGCGACCGAUUGUCGUUGACACGGGCGCGUCCAAGCAGGCGUUGGCGAUGAAGAUGGGAGCCGAAGCAUUUGUCGACUUUAUGGAGACUCCAGAUGCGACCAAGGCUGUCGUUGAAGUUGCGGAUGGGGUGGGCGCGCACGGCGUGUUUGUCACGGCGCCGGCCGCUUAUAAAGUGGCCACAUCGUACGUGGGAGAUCGCGUGGGCGCGGUGGUGAUGUGCAUUGGCCUAGGGAAGAAGGGGACGAUCCAUCUGGGCGAGGAUCCCUCCCGGUUCAUCAUGCGCAACCUCUGCAUCAAAGGGACGUUGGUCGGGAGUCGCGAAGACACGGCGCGGGCAUUGGAUUUUGCGCGUCGGGGACAAUUGCAACAGAUCUGCGAGGUGUACCCGAUCGAUCGACUUCCAGAGGCAGUGGAGAAGCUGCGUCGAGGGGAGGUGGCAGGACGGAUUGUGGUGGAUUUUAAUCAGUAG